AUGAUGAGUGAUUCUGAUGAUACGGACGUCUUGCUUUUGAUUCCGCCUGAUCUGUUCCUCGUCUCGUCGUCCUCAGAGUCCGAUGUUAGUUGCGAUCAGGCGAGACCAGGCUGCGAUAGUAAAAAGGCUGGAGUGAUAUCGGAACUGGUGGGACAUAUGCAAACGUUAGAGAGCAGAAUCUCUGCUAUUGAGUCUAAAGAUAACAGCUUAGACGCCACUUUCUUAAAUCACUCGUUGGAAUCACAGAUCCAAAUUAGUUCGACUGCGAGGCAGACGUUACCUAGAACUAGAUUCUGUGUAAGCGAGAACUGUAGCUUACAAAGUACACCUGUGAAACCUUGUCAAUCCUUGUCCGUUCCGUCGACCCCAAAUGGUCAUACAUUGCCAAAACGUAUUAAUUGUCGACAGAGCGACAUGAAAUUGGGUGGUAAUUUUCCUAUGUCUAUGGGUACUAAUGCGACUAACGAACGUGACAGGAACAAGCAUGAUUUUCUAACAUCUAAAUCCUCUGUGGUGGUACCUAUCGCUUGCAAUGUGGGUUUCCCGCAUGUUAGCUCCUCUGGAAGGGAACUUCAUUCUUGUCCAGUUAAUUAUAAUCAAAACGCAAAUGAUAUGUACAUUAAGCAUCCUUUCAAUCAAUUGCGUUCAAUGCCGUCUACCUCGACUUUACUUAGCGUGACGGAGCAACCACAAUCCAUCUCGAAAACUAGUAUGCAAGAAAUGGAGCUAUCCGAGGUUGACGAGCUGCUUCAGGAGAUGGAAGUUACCGAGUUGGAAUUAUCAAAGAGAAUAAACAGAAUCUCCACGCACAAUUGUUUGAAGGAACAGACCGCAGUAUUAUCUAAUGAUAUGGGUGAUGGUCUUAGGAACAAGGACUACAUGUAUAAGCAUUCUAUUAAUCGAAGGCUAGAAUUUGAACCGCAGAAAUCGAACCAUGAUAUUUCAUUAGUUGCAUCGAAAAAGAAGUCCGAUGCUUUUGCCGACAUAUCUUUACCAUAUAAUGAUUCAUUCCAUAUGAACGAGACUGAUAAAAUGAUCUCAGAAUUCAAAACGUGGCAGAGGAGUAUGGAAAGCCAAGCUUCGAAGACUGGAGAAGCUGAUAGUCCAAGGAAUUUAGACAGUACUGACAAAUCAAGUGUAAAAACAAGUGAACAGAAGGAGUCUGGUACUCAGCAAACUACGAGUGCAGACGAUGUAAAUAAUAUACAUUCAGUAAAUACACACAAUACUCAAACAGAUCCUCUACAAAAAAAGUUGAACGCUCCCUCACAUAGCGAAUCGACACAGUACAAUACUACGUCAUCAACAAAUAGCGUAGAAUGUAAUACUUAUUUACUAGAUCCCUACAGAAUUUUGCAACAGAACGGGAAUAUGCAAUAUGUAAAUCAAGCACAUGACUCGCCGUUUACCAAAAGAAUGGCUCAUGCUUCGACAAAUACAGAAUUUUUACCGAGGAAAUCGCGAAUUUUAUCGUUAUCAGAUUUUUGGGAAAAUAAUGGGAACAAAACGCAAGAAGAAAUACAUAGGAUCAAAUUAGAAGAAGAGAAGUUCCGACGAGAGCAUUGCGAGCAUUUAAUUCAAGAGCUACAGAAGCGAUUGUUAGAGCAGCAGGAAAAAGUUGCAGUGGCGCUCAGGGUGGAUAAUGAAAAAAAUGAAUUAAUAGCACAGUUUCACAAUGGGUGGUUGAAAUUGAAGCAACGGGUUUAUAUAUUAGAAAACGAAUGUAGCAGUUUACAGACAAAUCUUAAAAACGUAACGGAGAAGCAUCAGUCGGAGAUUUCGGAGUUUCAGUCACAGAUCAAACGAUCCGAAGGUGAAUUGUCGAAGGCUUUGGAUCUCGCUGCAGGAUACAAAGAGAAAAAUGACACUGCGAUGAAAGAGAAGGUAGAAUUGUUAAAAAUUCACGCUGAUGAAUUGGAGAAUUACAAAUCGUUUGUCCAAGAAGCAGAAAGCCGAUGCGAAAAGUUGAAGGCAGAGCGCAAUAAAUUAUUGGAAAAAAAUAAACAAACUGAGGAGACGUUGAAGUCUCUUCAGCAAGAGUUAGGUAAAGAACGAUUAAAAGGCGGAGAAGUCCGGAAUGAGAUGGAUGUUAUACAUAAAGCGUUAGAUACUUGUGAAGCGGAAUUAAUAGUACUUAGACAGGAGAAGGAAAACUUACAAUUGAAAUUGAAGGAAGAGAACAACAGGAAUGCGAUCUUGGAGCAGAAAAACAUCUCGCUGCUUUCAGCUCUCGACGAUGCCAAGAAGGCAGAGAAAGUAGCUAGGGAUGAAACGAAAUUUCUUGCUGAACAAAAAGAAAAAAUCAGGGCCGAAUUGCAAGAUAUCUACCAAAAACAAGUCGACGAAGUAGUGAAAGUGAAGUUACAAGAAUUUCAAACACAGCUCGAUGCCGCUGAGUCCGAAUUCGUCGAGGAAUUAAAAAAUAGGCAACAAGUUAUCGCUGAAUGCGCAGCUAGGAAAAUUAAGGAUAUUAUAGAUAAACAUCGAUUAGAAAUAAAUUUACUAGAAGAAAAACAUAAGGAGGAAAAGCGAUUAUGCGAACUGCAGCUAGCCGAAACUCUACAGAAGGCGUCCUUUUUGGAAUCGCAACUUAAUACUCAACGUGUUACCAAAUCUCAGCUUGCGGAACAACUUCAUUCAGUGAUGCAGAAGCAAUGGCAACAAGCUUUACACAUCAUAUCAGAUGGAAACAUGGAAAAUUUGACACCUCUUCAAAAAAUACAUGCCGAGAAGUUGUUCGAAUCAAGGUGUCCAAGGAAGUCUGAAUCGAUGCCAAACUGUUCAAGGGCGUUUCAGGAACCAAUCAAAUUAUCUUCGCAUACGUCAGAUAUAAAACAUUUUCGUGAUGAGAACGAUCGCUUUGCAAGUGCUAUGAUGUCGAUGGAUGAUACUCCUUUAACUAGUAGGAAAGAGUCAAGAGACGACCUUCGAAAAUAUGUGAGAAUGAUUGCCGAGAUGCAGCAAGUGAAAGAGUUGACCAGAUUUCGGGAAAGUAUUUCGAGUCCGCCUUUAGUGUGCAGAGAAAUACCAAGAAAGCAUUAUUUGAAGAAGGAGCCGAGUGUUAAAGACGAAGAUAGUAUCGCGUGGCAAGCUACGCCAGAAAUAAGUCAAACCACGCAAGAUACCAGUGAUUUUAUGUCAAUACCACAAAAAGUCUGUACGAAAGGGGAUCAACAAAAAAUGAAACCACCAUGGAAAUGACAUUGUAUUAACAAUUAUAUAGAUGAUUACGGUGUCGAUGAAGUGGAUUGCGUUACAUUUUCUAUACAGUGCGUCUAAUUAACAAUAAUUCGAAUUAUGUACAAUAAAUGUUUUUUAUUGGAAUGAAAUAUAUUUUAUAUGUACAAG